AUGGUGAGAGAAGAUGACAAGGUGAUCCCUGUGCGUGUGGCGCUGCGCUGCCGGCCCUUGGUGCCCAAGGAGACCUGUGAAGGCUGCCAGAUGUGCCUGUCCUUCGUGCCAGGGGAACCGCAGGUAAUCGUAGGCAACGAUAAAUCAUUCACGUAUGACUACGUGUUUGAUCCCUCUGUUGAGCAAGAGGAAGUCUUCAACACGGCUGUUGUGCCUCUUAUCCGAGGCAUCUUCAAAGGAUAUAAUGCUACUGUGUUAGCUUAUGGACAGACAGGAUCUGGAAAAACAUACUCCAUGGGAGGUACCUACACAGCCUGUCAAGAGCAUGAACCUAGUGUGGGGGUCAUCCCUCGGGUAAUCAAGCUGCUAUUUAAAGAAAAGGAGCAGAGACAGGAUUGGGAAAUUGUCCUCAAGGUCUCCUAUUUAGAGAUCUACAAUGAAGAUAUUCUAGACCUGCUGUGCUCAUCUAGAGAACGGUCUUCUCAAAUCAGUAUCAGGGAAGAUCCCAAAGAAGGAAUAAAGAUUAUAGGGUUAACGGAAAGAAACGUUGCCUGUGCCCAGGAUACUGUAUUCUGCCUAGAGCAAGGAAACAAUUCCAGAAAGGUGGCCUCCACAGCAAUGAACUCCCAGUCCUCCCGGUCACAUGCCAUCUUCACCAUUUCAGUUGAUCAGAAGAAGAAAAGUGACAAGAACAGCAUUUUGCACUCCAAGCUGCACCUGGUUGAUCUUGCUGGAUCUGAAAGACAAAAGAAGACCAAGGCUGAGGGAGACAGAUUCAAAGAAGGAAUCAACAUUAACAGAGGUCUUCUCUGCCUGGGGAAUGUAAUCAGUGCUCUUGGUGAUGAGAAUAAAAAGGGUAGUUUUGUCCCCUAUAGAGACUCAAAGUUAACGAGACUGCUGCAAGAUUCUCUGGGAGGUAACAGCCACACUCUUAUGAUUGCUUGUGUAAGCCCAGCGGAUUCCAAUCUAGAAGAAACUUUAAAUACUCUGCGUUAUGCUGACAGGGCAAGAAAAAUAAAAAAUAAGCCAAUCAUCAACGUGGAUCCUCAGGCAGCUGAGCUUCAACAUCUAAAGCAGCAGGUACAACAACUACAAGUGUUACUGUUGCAGGCCCAUGGAGGGACCCUCCCAGUGUCUAUCAACAGUUUGGCACCGUCUGAGAAUCUGCAGUCCUUGAUGGAGAAGAAUCAGCUGCUAACGGAAGAGAAUGAAAAGCUGAGCCGGGGGCUGAGCGAGGCUGCUGGUCAGACCGCGCAGUUUUUGGAAAGGAUCCUUCUGACAGAACAAGAAAAUGAGAAGAUGAAUGCCAAACUAGAGCAACUUCAGCAACAUGCUGUGUGCAAGCUUGAUCUGCAGAAGCUGCUAGAGACCGUGGAAGACCAGGAACUCAAAGAAAACGUAGAGGUGAUUCGUGAUCUGCAGGAAGUGUUGGUUCAGUUGCAGAGGGAAAGUGCUGCCCUGAUGGAAGCUGCUGCGGAGAUGGCAAACACUGAACAGGAUGCUUCACCUCAAGCAGAAAUGGGCCGGGAUACCAAGAGAUCCUCAGAUGACUUCACCACUCAACAUGCCCUCCGUCAAGCACAGAUGUCUAAAGAGCUGACAGAACUGAAUAAAGUCCUGGCUCUAAAAGAGGCUCUUGCCAAGAAAAUGACACAGAAUGAUAGUCAGCUGGAGCCAAUUCAGUCUCAAUAUCAGACUAAUAUCAAGGACCUGGAAUCAGAGGUUAGCAGUUUGCAAAAAGAAAAGGAAGAGCUGAUCGCUGCUCUGCAAAUGGCAAAGAAGGAUGUCAACCAAGCCAAACUGAGUGAACGGCGUCGGAAAAGGCUUCAGGAGUUGGAAGGGCAAAUUAACGAACUGAAGAAGAAGCUGAAUGAGCAAUCAAAGCUUUUAAAGAUGAAGGAAUCUACAGAACAUACAGUCUUAAAACUGAACCAGGAGAUCAGGGAAAUGAAAAACCAGCGGGUACAGCUGAUGCGCCAAAUAAAAGAGGAUGCUGAGAAGUUUAGGCAGUGGAAACAGCAGAAGGACAAGGAGGUGAUCCAGCUGAAAGAACGGGAUCGCAAGAGGCAAUAUGAGCUACUUAAGAUGGAGCGAGACUUCCAGAAACAAGCUAAUGUUCUUCGGCGCAAAACGGAAGAGGCAGCAGCUGCUAACAAGCGCCUGAAGGACGCGCUGCAGAGGCAGCGGGAGGCCGCGGACAAGCGCAAGGAGAGUCAAAGCCGGGGAAUGGAAGGAGUUGCUGCACGAGUGAAGAACUGGCUUGCAAAUGAAGUAGAGGUCCUUGUUAGCACUGAGGAAGCUCGACGGCACCUUAGUGACCUUCUGGAGGACAGAAAGCUCUUGGCGCAGGAGCUCCUCCAGCUCAAAGAGAAGAAAGAAGCUGGGCAAAACCCGCCUCCGAAGCUCCGGAGACGGACCUACUCUGUAACAGAUUUGCAGGCAUCAGAGAUGGACAUUUCCAUAUCAAAGGAGAUAGAGAGCCUGGAAACUGAGAUGGAGCUAAGGAGCGCUCAGAUAGCAGAUCUGCAGCAGAAGCUCCUGGAUGCAGACAACGGUGACCGUGCGAAACAGCGCUGGGACAACAUUGCAACAAUUCUAGAAGCUAAAUGUGCUUUGAAGUAUCUCCUUGGAGAGCUGGUCUCCUCAAAAGUGCAGGAAAGCAAACUGGAGAGCAGUCUUCAGGAGAAGAAAGCUAGCUGUUCAGACAUACAAAAGAUGCUAAUUGAAGAGCGAAACCACGCAACAGAGUUGGAGGCUGAGUUCCAAAAUCAACUUUUGCUGCGGGAGCAACAGCACCAGGAAAAGGUUCUGUACCUGCUCAGCCAAUUGAAGCAAAAAGAAGCAGAAGAGAAGAAAAUGGAAGAGGAACAAUUGCAAGAGCGGCUCAAGUUCCAGGAGGAAGAGCUGGAGAAAAUGAGGGAGAUGUGUGAGAAGAACCAAGCACUUCUCCAGGAAAAUGACACUCUCAAACAGAAAAUGCUGCUUCUCCAAGUGGCCAGUGGCCAGAAGCUCCGAUGCCUUCAGCAAGCGCAGUCCCCAGACUCCCCUUUUGAGUACAUUCCCCCCAAGCCAAAGGCUCGCCAGCAAACGACAGCCAAGCCCCGCGUGCCGUCCCCAGAGGUGGACGUGGAAGAGCUGUUCUCUGACUCGGGGGAGUCUGGAGGGGAGCUGGAGGAUGCAGAGUGGGUCCCGGUGAAAGCAGCCAAAGGAGCAAAAAGAAGCGUGAUGGGGUGCUCCUGCAAAGGCCGAUGCGGAGACAAGCGCUGCGGCUGCAGGAGGCAGAAGGCCGGCUGCACGGGCGGCUGCACCUGCGACUCGGCAAAAUGCAGGAACAGAGACCCGGCCUUCCAGGAGGCCACGUUGCAUGAGGACCAGUCCAAGGAUUCUGAGGGAUCCUUCAAGCUAGAGGAGCCCACUGAAGCCUCUGCCGAAGAGACCUUCUUCCAGCCCGUGUUUAUCACUCCACCUACCAAGGUCCUGAAAGAUAUUACAGACCAGGAUCUAUCUAUCAAGAAGACGAACGCUGCCACUUCCCUGCUCCUGAAAGACGAGGGCCAGGAGAACCAGCUCCCCCUUGUAAAGAUCAAGAAGAGGACGCUGAAGAGCAUGACCAGCUUCUUUGCGGGCUGCACUCCUAUCAAGGAGGAAGUCAACUGA